CCCUCCUAACCCUUCCCUGCGGCGGCGACGGGGUGCAGUCAUCCACAGCCUCUUGGGCUGGAUGACCGUCGGAAGGGCCGUGGCAGGCGCAGAGGGGCCCUGCCGCCCUGCUCCCGCCCCUGGCUCCGACCUCGCCUCCACCUCCGGGACCGGUGAGCCAGCGCUGCCUCUCCGGCGGUGAUCAGAGUUUGUGGCUGAGCGCGGGAACAAACUCUCCGGGGCAGGUUCGGCUCCACCACGAAGGGGAAAAGUCUCCUCCUAUGCACACCGUAGCAGGGUAGCCUCAGAUGAUCUCAGAAAGGGGCAGAAGACGACUGUGAUGGCUCACCAGUCCUCCUCUUGGAUCUUUAUCAAUGAAAGGACAUUCAUUACUGGGGAACAACUUAAUUCUUUACUGAAGACCUAUAACAUCUUUUAUAGGAACCAGAAAAAUCUGCAUAUUUUAUAUGGACAGACUGAAGAUGGUAACCUAAUUGUUGAAGGAAUGUUGGACAUUUUCUGGGGAGUAAAACGGCCUAUCCAACUGAAAAUACAAGAUGAGAAACAAAUCCCUUCUUUCGGUGUGCUGGAGUCACCAGAAGCUUUUUCCAAAAGGGGAAUGACACGCUGGGGAGAAUUUGAUGAUCUUUAUCGCAUUAGUGACUUGGACAGGGAUCAGAUUCCAGCGUCUGGAGGAACAGGUUCCCAGGAAGACUAUUUAUCUUAUCACAGUAGCACUCUGAAGCCUCAUGCAAACAAAGAGCCUGAAUCCCCAUUCCUCUACAGAACUAUGAGUGAAGCAACCCUGGUGAGGAAAAGGAUGAAGCCUCCGAUGAUGGACAGAAAAGACAGACAGAAGCAUAGGGCCUCUAUUAAUGGACACUUUUAUAACCAUGAAACGUCAAUUUUCACUCCAGCUUUUGGAUCAGAAACUAAGGUCAGAGUAAAUAGUAAUAUGAGAACUGAAGAAGUAAUAAAGCAAAUUCUCCAAAAAUUUAAGAUUGAAAAUAGUGCCCAGGAUUUUGCACUUUACAUUAUUUUUGCAACAGGAGAGCAGAAACGGCUAAAUAAGACAGACAUUCCGCUGCUGCAUAGACUCCUACAGGGACCGUCCAAAAUGAAUGCUCGCAUUUUCCUCAUGGAUAAAGAUGCAGAAGAAAUUAGCAGUGAUGUGGCUCAGUAUAUCAACUUUCAUUUUUCUCUCCUGGAAUCCAUCCUUCAAAGAUUAAAUGAAGAAGAGAAAAGAGAGAUUCAAAGAACAGUAGCAAAAUUCAGUGCAGAAAAGGCAAUCAUAUUGAAAUAUCUUCGAAAUAAACGGGUAAUAAAAACAGAGACAACAGUUUAGCAGUACAGGUCACCAUUGCUAAGACACUUGAACAAAAUUAAGUUUUAGUACUAUUUCAGUGCAUAAAUUCUAUACUUGCAUUUUUUAAAAAAGUAUGUGAACUUGAAUCUAUAGGAAAUUGAAUGUAAAGCCUGUUUCUCUCUGAAGUGAAGAGGUCAGGUAGGAUUCACAGUUGGACUGAAAGAAACUUGAAUUUAGUUUCAGUAACUAAAAUAAGCUUGGAUACUAUGUAUUCCAAAUAGGUUUUAGAGUAAAACACUCAGUGAACUUGAACUUACAUGGUAUCUUCAGAUACCAUGUAGCUUAAGCAUAUUUAACUUCAACUGUAAAGAGAACUAUCAUCAACUAGCUCUCAGAAAUGAUUCAGAAGUAAUAGCUUCCAGCUCUUGAAAUAAAAUAUCAGCACAUUAUUAUCCCACCAAGAAUCUGAUGGUGAUGGUAUUUCAUAGUUCCUUAAACUCUAGCCUUUUCAUAAAACCUAGGAGUGUCUUUCAGUCCUUCGAGCUAUCUAUAACAUCAGAGCUACCUGUCCUUUGGGACAGAAAACAUUAUGGACUCUGUUAAGAAAUCCAAAUCAUAAUUCUCUCAACCUGAGCCCUUCUUUUUUCCCCCCUCUGUUCUACUGAUGAAUUUCAAAAGUGUUCUUAAGAUUUUUCUUAAGUCAAUUGAACUAAUUUUCUUUAUUUUUCCAAGCAAACAUAUCAUAGAGAUUUAAGGUAUUUCAUCAGCUAGGCUAAGACUUGACCCAUGAUAACCAUUUGUUGCUGAAUGAAUACAGAAGAUAAUGCGAAGCUGUGGGAUCUGAAGUUGGGCAGGAAAUCUGGAGCUCUGAUCUUUUUCUCCAGAAUAACUCAUUUACAAGACAGGGCUCAGGGUCCUUCAAGUCCACUUCACCAGUCUGAAAAAGCAUUGAGAAUGCCACAAGUAUCACCUGUGAUUUUACUUAUGAACUCUGUAUUAAAACAGAGAUUUAUGCAGCUUUUUUCCAUUCUAUUUCUAUUUGCAUUCCUCAUAAGCAUGGGACUCAAUGGACUCACUGACUCAGUGGACAUGAAUUUGAGUAAACUGCAGGAGUUGGUGAUGGACAGGGAGGCCUGGCAUGCUGCAGUCCAUGAGAUCACAAGGAAUCAGACACAACUGAGUGAACUGAACUGAAUAAGCAUUGGAUAGGAUAAGGUUGAGUGUAGUAAAUCCAUUUGGAAGAUCAGUUAUCAAAAUAUGAAACAUGUUUAAGACAAAAGUAUUACUUCCCAGUGUCACCAAAUCCCAAACUGGAUGAAAGUAAAAGUGUGCUAUGAACUUUUGAGUCCUAGGAAAUCUCCUUUAUUGAAUAAGAUAGUGGCUUGCAUCUUUAUCCUUUUAUCUGUGAGUUAAUAAGAAAGUCUCAACUCACUAAAAUAAAGCAAAUGUAGUGGUUAAAGCUCAGUAUACUUAUUUAAAGUAGUCUCAAGUACCUGCCAUAAACAUGACAAAAGAUCCAUCUUUAAUAUCUUGAAAGUCUACAAAAUGGAAAAAAAAAUAAUAACAAGUAAGACACAUGAUUUGAAAAGUAAAAUUGCAGAAGAGAAAAUGCAAAUAGCUACUAAGUGUGUGGGAAAAGUUGUAUCUUAAUAGUGAUCUGUGGUAUUAGUCUGUGUCUCAUGAGGAGGCAGAAACCACACAGUCAUUUAAAUGGGGGUUAUAAUUUCAUAUAAAGAACUAUUUAGCUGUGAUAAUAGGAAAGUAACUAUAAAAAUGGAAAGGGAACGCUAAAGGGUACCCUAGUCUGAGGAAGAAUACCCAGCUAAGGAGAAGCUUGGAGGAAGGAGUUGAAAUGCACUGAAGAAGGUGUGGCUGCAGCCCAUCGCAUAGAGGAAACGUGCUCUGCUCCCAGGACUCAGCCGGGCCACAGCCAUAGGAUAAGCAGGAGCAACCCUCUGGAGUGUGGAGCUAGUGGGCAAGUGAGCGCAGGGGCUUCUCUGUGGGCACAAGGCCAGAUCACACAGUGUCGGCGUCUGGAGGGCUGCAGGAGACAGAGUCUGGGGCCCAGGUAAGCUGAGGCUGAGGGGUGGGCACCCCGAUGAAGCCCGGGGCGCUGCCGCCAGUGCUGCUGGGACUAUGAGCUGCGGGAACCAUCUCCGCGGGAACCUAGUACAUCUCUAUGCAUGCCGCGGGCUGUGGCAUCUUUGAGGCUGCAUGGGACAGAGAUGGGGCAAGUGGCUUACUGGGUGGUGUGCCCCACAGAGCACUCUCUGGGAGCGAGCACCAAGGUGAGAAGGUGUGGAGAGUCAUGAUCUGCGUUAGAGCCCAGGACUGUCAGGGGCUCCAGGCUGUGCCACCGCAAACCAAAUCAAGAGCUACAAAAGGGGUUGCGGGAGCAAAUGCUAAAGAAAGCUGCACCCACAGGCAACUAGCGCUGAAGAAACCAUUCUGGGAGGAGCCCCGGAGGAAGAAAGUCAGCUUCCAGGGAACCUGGCAUGCCAGCCCCUACGAAUCAGGGAAGACCUGCUUCCUCCUACAGUGCUUCUCCGGCGCCCUCUACUGGCGAAGCGUGAUAUCCUGUAGGCUGCAAAGGAAGCGUAUUUCCAUGGUCUCUCCUGCGGCAGCUGGGGCCCCAGUAAAGCCUAGCCUGAAAAUAAAUAAUGGUUUCCACGUCCAGUUUCACAGAGCCAACAACAAAAAGUGAAUUUGUAACAGAGAGGCAAUAAAAUAACUGGUAUGUCAACAAAAUGCAAAGAAAGUGAAAUUGGUCUAUUAAAAAGAUGAAAAAAUGAUAAUAUUAAAUACUCAACAAAUUACAGUGAGAUGUACUGUACUCGGUACUUGGACUACUGGCUCAGUGGCAAAAAAUCUGCCUGCUAAUGCAGGACACCUGGGUUUGAUCUUUGGGUUGGGAAUAUCCUCUGGAGAAGGAAAUAGCAACCCACUUCAGUAUUCUUGCCUGGGAAAUUCCAUGGACAGAGGAACCUGGUGGGCUACAGUCCAUGGGGUCAUAAAAAGAGUCAGACAUGACUUAGCGACUAAACAACAAAAGAGAAAUAAAUGAAUAUAACUUUCCUUGAGAGCAAAUUUAGUAGUAAGUUCACCCUAUAAUUUUACUUGUAGGGUAAAAUUACUUACUUAUACUUACGUAAACUUACUUAUACUAUACUUACGUAUAAGUAAAAUUACUUAUACGAAAAUAAUCAGAUGUACAAAGACACUAUGUAAAGAGGACUGUUAUUUAUUGUGAUAAAAGGAAGUAAAUAGCCUAAUGUUCAAAAAUAGAAAAAAAGAUUAAAGAAGGAAAAACAUUUACCCAUAGAAUGUAAUGCAGCUCUUAGAAUUGUUUUCUAAUAAAUUUUAAUUAUAAGAGUAAAUUCUCCUUAUGUUAAGAUAAGAAUAUAGAUACAAAUAUCCAAAAGUGUGCUAUCUAUAAGAUAAUAUAGAUGUUUUUAUAUGAAUAUAUACUAUUAUUGUAUAUAUACAUGUAUGAAUGUAGUAUAUAUACUACAAACCAAAAGCAUGUUAAAUGUGGUUGUAUCUGGUUUGUAGAAUAAGAUAUGGGUGAUUCAUAUUUUUCAUAUUUGUUUAUCUUAUUAAAUAAUUUAUAAUGAACAUGUAUUACUUUUUAAACCAGGAAAUAAAAAAUGUAUGAUUAAAAAGUUACCAACAAAAAAGUAGCAAGUACAUGCAAUCACAGAGUUCUACUAGAUGCAACAAAAGGCAAAUAAGCUAUUCUAGUGAGAUAUUAACAUCACUGCAGUGGUAGUUUUGAAUAUGUCUGUGAAGGCUUUGAUACUCCGCCUUUCAGAGACUGAGUCUAAUCCUCCUCACCUUGCCAAUGGGAUGGACUUAGUGACUCACUUUUAAGGAGCAGAGGAGAGCACGGUGCCAGCUGUCACUGAGGGAGACUGGGUCAUAAAAGUCACUGCGGUGUCCUCCUUGCUUCUUCUCUUGGAUUGCUUGCUCUGGGGGUGCCAACUGCCACAUCCAGAGAGGCCCUGGGGAAAGGCCUAUGACAGGAACCGAGUCCUUCUGCCAAAAGCCAGCAAGGAAUUGAGGUGUCCCCUCCACAGUCCACAGCCGUGUGAGUGGGCCAUCCACUCACCCCAGUCAAGCCUUCAGAUGACUGCAGCCCUGUCUAAGAGCUUGCCUACAACCUCAUGAGAGACCUGAGCCAAAACAAAAAGAAAAUACCAGCUAAACCACUCCUGGAUUCUUGAUCCUCAGAAAAUGUGUGAGAUACAAAAUGUUUGUUGUAAUAUCCUGCUACAUUUUAGGAUAAGUUGUUACAUAACAAUAGGUAACUGAUAACAAUUUCUGAGAUGAAAAUCUGUUCAUUUCAAAGACAUCUUUCUGUCAUUCAAGAAUAUAAGCUUUUGUAACAGAACUAUUCAUCUUUCUUUUAAAUGGUCCAAAUAUUUCACUACCAGUUACAUAUUAGUUCAAAUUCAGUUCUAAAUAAUGUUAAACUGAUUAAUGGUAGAGGUCCUGUCACAUUCAUCUUUGUAUAGUUUGCUGUAUUUAAUAUUGUGUCCUUUGUAUAAGAUGUGCUCAAUCAAAGAACUGAAUA